GGGUUUAUUUUGGAUUUUUUUUUAAUUGGACUGAAACGUCACUGAAACCUUCACCUAAAAUGUUUGCAAUAAAUUAUACAUUUUACCAUCAAAAGUCAGCAGGAUGGGAGUUUUGUCAAAAGUCGCUACUCAUAAGCAAUAUAAGCAGGACUGCUUUGUCCACAGGGGGCACCAAAACUGACCCAAACCAUUAGCUCCUCAUGGGCAGUUGCGCUGUCAUGGGAACUUAAAAAGUCAGACAAUUCAGUCAGAAUUGUAAUCAGCUUUAUUGGCCAAGUAUGCGAACACAUACAAGGAAUUUGACUCUAGUUAACUUUGCCCUCCAUGUACAAACAUUAAACAUAAAAUGUUAAAAAAAAAUGUUACAGAAAUUAAAAAGUAUGUACAAACUGGAGCUAGACAUUUAACAUGUACAACCCAGAGGUGCAAUAGUGCAUUGAUGAGGAGAGCAGUGGAGUGAAGAGUGGUUGAGAAAAAAAUAUAUGCAUGUCAUUAUAUUACAGGUAAAGAUGGCAAUGGCACUUACAGUUAUUUGAACUGUGUCUGGGCACAGCUUUAAGCUAAAUAUCAACACCUGCUUAAAAAUGAGCUAACACAAUGAGGUCAGCAAAUAUUUAUAACCAUGUUCACAUCUUUGGUUUAGCAUAUUAGCACGUAGGAAGCUCAAAUUUUCGAGAUGACUUUCAUUUUGGUGCCACCUUGUGGACAAAAAUGGAUGAGUUCACUCUGUGGUGUCUAAUUUUUUUCCCUUGUGUUUGUAAAGCUUCGCAACAAAGCUGUAUCAAUGCUAUAAAUGACGCCUACCCAUGGCAGAGGUUUCAGACAGCUCCUAUUAACAUUAGUCAGUAGUGUUGCUGAUAGUUGUGUGUGUUUCGUAGGUCAUGAAGAGGCAUCAUCAUUUGUUUUAGACUGUUUUGUUACUGUUUGAAAACUCCUCACAGGAGCUUUAAAGAAUACAUUUGCAGGUACUUGAUGAGAAAUAAGAGUCAUUGUUAAAUUUAAAUCCUGGAGUUUUGAUUUCUCUGUUCAUGGGGAGAAACAUUUCAGUCUUGUCUGGGCCUCAGGGACAGUACAGUUACUUCAAAAUCAAGACUUAAAGCUUUAGCGCCCGUGAUUGCUCACAUCUGUUUCUGCUCCUUUUUUGCUGCAGAAGGCUCAGUCUGCCUGUCUGUGUGAAUGAGCGAGUGUUUGUCUGCCUUCAUCCACAUGCAGAAGCACAUGUCUGUGAGUGACUCAGACUAAUCCCAUUAGAUCUCCCUCUCUUCCUACCUCUAUAUUUACCUCACCCUCUCUCAGAUUAACCUGGGUAUUUUCUGCAAGUGCCUCUGCAGAUCAAUAGCCAUUUUUCUACACUACAACCUGCUGGGGUUUUACUAGAACCAGGCUCCACUCAAACUAUUGACACAUCCUCUUCAUUUCCUCCAUGUUCUGCAUCCUGGCUGUUGAAUCUGCUCCAUGUACAGAGGAAUAGUCACAGCAAUGCUUUGAGGGUGUAAAUGAGUGAAAGUUUGGCUACUAAAAAUGGGCCGGAGCGGGUAGACUUCACCUGAUUCUUACAUGAAACAACUUUGUGUUUUGUAUUGUUUCCUCUCUGUCUUUCCUUUCACCACUUAACCCACAUGUCAGUGUUCUCUUUGCAAUCCAAUUUGUCUCGUUUUUCCAUCCUCCUUAACCCUCCUCCCUUCCUCUGACAGUAAUGAGAUUGCUACUGUUGAGCUGCAGUUUAAGUGGCCACACCACACACGAUCUGUCUCACACGCACAGAAGUAACCUUUGCCUCUGAAUUACAGCACCGCCACACCUCCAGCUAUCUGUAAUCUCCCUUAGUCGACCGCAUAGAGCAGAGUAAAGAAAUUACGAGGGAGAGGGGUGAAAGGCAGUGAAAGGUGCCACAAAAAGAAACAAACUUCACAGGAUUUAAAGGCGGACAGAAAGCAAAUCAAAGAAAGACGACAAUGGCUUGAAAGAGAGCAGGAACUGGAUACUUUUCUUUCCCUUAUAGGAGUCAAGGAGUUUCAAGGUGAGGUAAAUUACUUAUGGUGUAUGUAGCUGCCACAGCACCUACAAAGAUUGAUGCUCUGUGAGAUUAGCUUCCACCAAAACAGGGCGGUGUUGGUUUCUAACAAGGGUGAUCGAUCAGUUUCACAUACUGAACCAUACGUUUGUGAAAUACGUCUUCCCAAUGUAGGAUUUAAGCCUUGACCUUCGUAAGUCUUCCUCUAAAUCCUCUCUUUUUUUCCGUGGUAAGUUGCAAUGCUGCUCAAUUUCUGACAUUUUUCUCCUUCUUUAGCCUUGGAAGUUUCAGUCUGGAGUUUCAGUCUCAAAAUGGAUCUGGCACAGCUCAGAGCCACAGAGCCAAAUCUCAUUUGUGAGGUUAUCGUUGUCAAUUCUCAGCCUGCAGCGACUGCUGUGACAGAGAAAUACAAGCUGGCCCAGACAGAUAAAGCACAUCUCUGAGCUGUUAGGCCUCAACUUUAUUUCUAUGUCUAAAAUUUAUUUCUUCUGAGCUUUUUUUGUUCUGAGCCACGAAGACCAAAUGAAUGGGCGACUCCUCUUGACCAGCUGAUCCUGGAUGUGCUGUGAUGUCGUAUUUAGAUUAUCCUUUUUCUACAGAACGAUUGUAGCUUAGACCUUAAAAUCCCUUUGGCAGGCCACAAGAGCACAGGGGAACAUAUAUUCUAUUUUAACCACAGUGGGAGUCACAAUAUUGGGCCGUCUUUGGUUCAGUACUUUUACCCAAGCUUAAUUAAGCAUUCAAUUACUCAUUUAUAACACCAAAUCAUAACAUAAUGUAUUUAUGAAAUCUUAACAAAAGAAGCAAGUCCAGGCAUAGUCUCUUGUAUUUUUUAGGGGGAGUCUCACAUAAUCCAUCAUGAGCUUGUACUUGGCUCCUUUGAAUUGGCUGAAAUCUUGAACCAGGCGUAUUAGUGAUACACCGUAACAUAAUGUGACACCUUCUUCUCUUUUUGGAUAAAUGCAAACCAGGAAAACAACCGUGGUGUGUCCGACAGUCUGAGCCUUUAUCAAGAUAAUUAAGGACAAGCCUGAGGAAGCCCUAAAUGUAAGCUUCACGAAAUGCUUUAAGCCUGUUCUUGAAAAUAGAGAGGAUGUCUGACUCUAAACCCUGACUGGUCGAUGAUUCCAAAGAAGAAGGGCCAGACAACUGAACGUUCUACCUCCCAUACUGCCUUUUGUCACAUAAGAUAUGAUAACCAAACCUGCAAUCUGGGGGUGCAGUUAUUUAUCUAGACACAUAGACUGUAUAUACUAUGGACAACUUGGUUCCAUGCUGUGAUGACGCUCGGCUGAACCAGCGUAUCCCCCGGGUGAGCUACGCAAUCUUCGUACGCCCAUAGACUGUAUCAAGUGUCAAUCAUAGAAAACAUGAACCCCUAAUAACUUUUUAAAAUGGAGCUGUACAGAAAAAAGAGGACUUGAACACAAACCAGUCUUACAAUAACUACAUGUCAACAUCGCAAGCAGGGGGGAGAAAAAUUUAUAUACUGUGUAAUUAAUUUCCAAAGUUUGUCCACAGCUCCAUAGAGAUUGUUGGAGGAGGCAGGAUUUAUGACCUAUACUGCAGCCUGUCACCAGAAGGUGCUGUUCUCGGGUUGACUUCACGCAGUGAGGAGGCAGACUCUGUCCAUUCUAUAUACAGUCUAUGGAUAGACAAUAGAAAAACUACCAGCUCUGAAAGAUACGAUGGUGUUUGAUUAUGAAGAGCUUUUGUAAAAGGAAGUUUAAAUUCUAUACUGGGAGGCAGUGCAGAGAAGCUGAUACAAAGUACGAGUAGCAGCUGAUGGUUCCUGGGCUUGUAUCAAAUCAAACACAAACAAAUCCAGCGUCUGUACAGUAAACAAAUGUCUUAAAGUCAGUUUGUAACCUCCUAUCUCUGCUUAUGUUUUUAUCCUUUUAGACUUGUGCAACUCCUCAGAUAUCGUCAUCAUAGCUGUCAGCAGCAGAUAUUUUCAAUUAGUUUAGAGACGAUUAUCCCUCACUUCUUUAUAAAUUCAUUAUUUUGCAAGGAUGGGUAGUUAUUACAGAUUGAAGCACCAGAAAUGACUUAAUUUAUGUACAGAGGUAAGGUUCUUUCUUUCAUUGUUCUUGUGCUUCUGCCCUGUAAAUAAAAGCUAUUUUCACUUUAAAAGUUUCCUCCACUACACUCAGUACACUAACUUCAGGUUAUGUGCAAAGGAUAAACUGCAUAGACUUGCAGAAAACUGAUCACUGCAUAUGUUUUCAUGUCUGUCCUGGACCACAGUAGCAUUAUCCAAAGACAUACCUCUGCAGCCAUUCUUAAACAGUUAAUCUCUAAACCUUAAGAUUUAUCACCUGGGACAGCUACCUCACACCAUUUCAGCCUGUAUGAGGAAGUAUGUUGAACAGCUACACGUCACAGGCUCUAGUUUUUGCUUUCUUUGCACAAACAUUGAAUUGUCAAUAACAGGUUAAACUCAACACAACUGUUUAGAUACAUCAGUUUUAAAACCCCGGUUCAAAGCUUUGGAUGUUUUUUGUUGUAAACUGUUUUGUGAUUGUAAAUUUACUAAUACACACAAGUUUUGAUUUGGGGUUUCAUGUUAAUUUCUACAUACCCACUUAUUCUUUUCUGUUGUACUCUCGACAUCAUUGAAGUGAGGGCAUUGAUUUCUUGAGUUAUAGACAAUAGUUGAAUGUCUACGAAAAUCUGCUUCUGUUUCCAGUUCCAUCCAGUCAGUCUAGAUGAAGCAGAGUUCUUCGAGUAACUUUUAAUAAGCCGAAAAAUAUUUCUCCCAACGUGAAAUUCAAUUCAGCCUCGCUUAGUCAUGAAUGUUUAAUUCCAGGAAGAAGUAUGAUUUGAAACUAAGUGUCCUAGGGCUGAUAAACCAGAAUGCAUUGCAGCCUCAGUGUGCGGUCUUGCGAUUUUGAAGUAAUUAUCUUUCUUCGGCGGUGUACCUGGAGCUGCAGAAAAUGUCUGAUGAUCUCUUCAUGCUUUAUAGAAUUAUAAGAGAAUCUUUUUUUUUCAUCUGGGCUGCAGAUAUAUUCAUGCACAUCAGUAAACUAAUCUGUAUUUUACCUCUCUUUCUCCACAGACAACCUUUCUGCAGUCAUUCCCUUCAUCAUGGUGGACCUAUUUUUAGACCGAGUCCUGGUGAAGAACAACUGGGACCAGGAUCAGCUCAACACAGAGCGAGAAAUCAUAGGAAUCCUCGAAAACCGCAUUCUCAUGCUGUUCUUUGCAUCUGCUGAGUGUGAAAAGUGCCAGGACUUCCUACCUGUUCUCAAUGACUUCUUUAAGAAACUGAAAGAUCCUGCAUACAUUGAAUACCCCAAACUGCUUGCGCUCAUCUAUGUCAGGUCUCUAUCUCUCUUUUCUCUUUAUCUUUUUGAUUCACACAUGUUAUUGCAUACGCUCACACUCCUGCUGGUCUUUUUUCACAUUCAUGAGAUUUCCAUUUUUCCAUCUUCCCUCUCCAGUGUGGACCAAUCAGGGGAGCAGCAGGAGAGAUUCCUCAAAGAGCUCAACAAAAGGAUUCUGUUUGUGGCUUUUGAGGACCCAUACAGGAAGUAAGUCCACCAAAAGAAGAUGUAUGUUCAUGAUUUUUGAUCAUUUCUAAGUGCAUCUGUGAAUAUGUGAAGUCAAACAGCCGUAGGCUUUAUUACGACUACUUUAAUUAUACAUUAAAAGAUCCCUUCGUGUUUGUCUGCUCUCCAGAGAACUACAGGCCAUGUUUCAGGUGAGUGAUGUGCCCACAGUCAUCGUCCUUCGUCCUGACGGCUCCAUCCUCUCUCCAAACGCUGUGCACGACAUCUGUCGAUACGGUUCAGACUGUUUCCAGGACUGGCAGGAAUCGGCAGAGCUCAUUGAGAGGACCUUCAUGUUCAACGAGGAGUACGACAACCUGAACCCACGCAGUGCCACUGAACCUGUGAGGAGACUCAAGUACAAGACAGAAGACGACAAGAGGAAGAAGAGGUGGUGGAAGUUUUGGGGGAAGGACAAAGAUCCAUAUGAAGAGGAGGCAGAGAGGGAUGGAGACUGGGAUUCAAAGAGAAAAGAUGGAGACCAUGGACUUUGGAGAAUAAGAUGAAGAGAAACGAUUGAAGAAAAACAAGUCUAUAUAAAUGUAUAUAAGUAUCUAUACGGCAGAGCCUUUUGGUUUGAUUGUCUUACAGCAAGUGGAGCCUCAUAAAUAUUUCAUUCUUGGUUACUGAUGCAGAAGCCUCUUUAAAGACUGUUUAGAGAAACACUGAAAUAUUUUCUCUGCCAGCAUUGGGUUUAAAAGUAGGAUUUUUCAAAGAAGUGUUUUGGUAUUCUUGGCAGGUAAAAGCAUCACGUAGCUGUGUCUACCUGCAAAAACCUUCAAAGUCUUUGAAAAACACUGAGUCCCUCUCCAUAGAAAUACAUUUCUAUUAACAUUAUUUUAUACUAUAUUUUCUAAUAGACUCUUCCUCUUUCUUAUUUUUUAUUAAGAAUGUUUUGUUAUCUCUUUGAAAAUGUAAUCCAGCCCAAUGUUAUUUUCACUAAAUAGAUGGAGAAACUGUCAGGAAAGUUUCAACUAAUGAUUAUCACAGCCAACAAUUGUGGGAAAAAAUGCUCCCAGUCAUUGGCAAGACAAGAUUAGAGCCACACUGUUUUCCAUCGAUAAAUGUACAUGUCAUCAUCCAUCUCUAGAGAUGCUGUAUCAGCCCAGAAACGUCUUAUUAUACUCUUAACAGUGUUUGACUCUGCAUCAUCUAUUGUCAAAAUAAAAACCCCUUAUUUUUAAUUUUUUUUUUAAUACAAAAUCUCCAAAAAUAGUUUUCUGGGUGCAGUGAAGUAUACCUUGCUUUCAUCUGUCAUCUCCUUUGACAUGUGCUGUGGUACUGGCCACAGGCUGUACUAAAGGCCAGCUGGAUAGCUUGGUUACUGAGUCUUCUUCGGCUUCUCUGUAUUUUACAGUGUGUGGUGACCAUCACAGGAAACCACUAUAGCCCCUUACUAUGAACCAACUACUUACACAGUAUACAGCAAACUUAUUUUUAACAGAGUAUCAAUAUUUCAUUUUGGACAGCCCUCCUGCAAAAAUAGAGAAGUUGGGUUGUGGGUUUGGGGUGCUGGGGCUGACCUUGACCCUUUGCAUCACGUAUUACUCCAUGCUUUACAUUUCCUGUCUCUCUUUAGCUGUUUCAUCAAAUACAGGCAAAAUAUGCCCAUAAAAGGAAAGAGGUCAUGUUUUCAGUGGUUAGAGGAAGCAUCAUCAUGACCAAGAAUCCCAAUUUAAAGGUCCACAAAUGAUUUUUUGUGUAUUGUUGAGACGUGUAGUGAAAAAAUGGGGUUACUGUUCAUGACAAACCCAAUGGUGCAGCUUUUUUUUUUCACCUCUUUAGCUCAUUGUUUACAGAUAGUCUUGUUCAUAUCAGUGACACUUCCAGUGAUACUUCCUAAUCGGUAGUUUGGAAACAACCAGUGCAAAAACAAACAGCACACAGCCGAGGUUUUCUCUGUGUUAGUCUGACUGACAACAUGGUAGAAAAAAUUAAGUUGAGAGGACACCAAAAACUCACAAACAAGCCCCGUCCCUUUGACUGUUUUUUCUUUUUUUGUGUACAACCCAUGUCUGCUGAAGUGCUGUUUGGUUAACACUUCAGAAACUAAAAUCAAAGACAAUGCAGGAUAUGUAAAGAAAGAGGAAAAGAAGAAUAAAUGGAGCACCUAAACACAUUGGGUGGCAACAAACAUGGUUUUAAAAAAGGUAAUGUCGCUCAUUUUCUACCAGCAAAAAUGUAAUGUUGCUCCAAAAUGUCUCCAUCACAUGUCCAUUAUUUGUUUCUUGAAGUUGUAAAACUGUCCAGCUUUAAUGACCCCAAGAGACAAAGAACAUAAUUGCAGUUAAUACCAAAAUAGGCGCUGGCGCCUGCUGGUGUUUUAGCAUUAAAAUCAAUUAUCUGUCAAGCACUGACUGUAUGUCAUCCACUGUUCAAAGUUAUUUUUGUUAUUCUCUGUUUAUCACAGCCCUAAUUUAAGAUUAAUGUUGUUUUGUUAUUGGAUAGUUCAAAAUAAGCACUGUUGAUCUCUGUUAAGGAAUAAAUGUCCAUUUCUGUUGUUUCAUGGCCAUAUUGUGCUGUUCCCAUUUGAGUAGAUCAGACUACCACUAACCAGACGGUCCCUGUGGUUCUGCUCCUCCAUUAGUUACUGAAUAAUAAAAGUCUCUCUGUGGCUCAAUUCAUUACGGCCAUUUUAUUUUUUCAAGCACAUGUAAUUUCUAUACUUUCUCUUUCUCAGUCACUGCCUGCUCACACUCUCGCACACACACACAAACACACACGCACAAUAUAAUCACUGUGAGCACUUUACGUCCGCUGUCCUCCUGUCACCUUGUCUUUCAAUCCCCCCUCUCAGACAGAGGAGGGAGGUGGAGCGAAGGGGCACAAAGGAAGAGCCAGUGAGCAGUUAUCAAGGUGAAGGAGACUCAGGCAAUGAGUAAACGUGACAUAAACUGACAGACUGGGAAGUGAGUCAAGUAUGACCCAGGAGGAGUUGAAAGGACAAGAAAAAGUAUUUUGAAGGUUGUUUUCUUUUUGGAUUUACGGCCUCAAGGAGAGAUAAUAUUUGUAAGAGGUAAGCAACUGUGAGGAUUAUCCGAUUGAACAGCAAGCGAGAUGGACUCAUGAUUAAGAGGAGGUUUGUCAUUGUGAGUGCAACGCAUACAGGUUUAAUAACAUAGUAAUUGGGAAUCAUCAGAAACAUAGUAUGCAAGAUAAACCUGUGAAAGAAACAUUUGG